AAGGGGCGGAGCUUCCAGAGGUGCUUGGAAUGCUGGGGGAAAGCGGUCGUCGGGAGGGUGGAGGGAUUUGGUUUAACCUAGCGCCUUCAAUAGAAUCAUAACGAUCUACAGCUUCUAUGUUAGUAAACUAUUUGGAUUUUGUCUACUAAUGUUAAAGAUUCAGCUCCACCAGGAUAUGCACUAUAUUAGCUCAUCUUUCUGAAAAGAGCACUGCCUAUCUAAGCCUCAUUGCUCAUCAGCCAGUCUUAUUACCCAAAUUCUUUUUGUCUGUCAUUGACCUAGCCAAUCCUAAGGAAUUAUGGACUUAGGCUAAAGGUUGGCCCUUUGCUAUCUCUGAAGCCUGAGAAGGAAGGCCUCUUCUUUAAGACCUAUUACAAUGUAAUUAAUAGAGUACUUGUGUUCCUGCUUUCCCCACCAGCUGCAAACAGGACAGUUCUAUAGACUGCAGUGACUGGAGGCCUUCAGGUCUCCUCUAAAGUCAUGCAGCCUUCAGAGGAGAUUUUCAACAGGAAACUGAGGUCCUCGAAUGGAAACAAAGAAAUUCCAGCUACCAGCCUGCAGUGCAAGUCUAAUGGGGUAGGAAAAGUCACAUCUGCCAUGCCUAAAAUGGGAGUGCGUGCCAGGAUAUCAGACUGGCCGCCCAAAAAAGAAGGGUGGGAGAAUCUAUGUGGAUCAAACUAUGAGAGAGUUAUUAUGGCCUUGCAAAAUGGGCAGCCAGACCAAAGUAUAGAGAUCACUGAUGUGAAUGAAGCACCCUUGGAACUUGAUUAUCCUGACACAAAAUAUUCACUGAGUGACCUUUUGAGUCAGUCCCAUUUAAAGGGACUUCCUCCUAUUCGACAGCGAAGUAACAGUGAUGUGACUAUCAGUGAUAUAGAUGCUGAGGACCUAAUGCAUCAAAAAGCUGUCAACCCAAACACAGGUGCUUCAUUGCAUCGGGAGUAUGGCAGCACUUCUUCUAUUGACCAACAAGGUCUAGGUGGGGAUGGAGUCCUUGCACUGUUAAAGGAUUACAGAGUAGAUACAUUGGAUCAUCUGAAUACACACUCAACUGGUUUCCCAGAGCUGUACUACAACAGUGCUCUCUCACCUAGCUUGCAGACAGCAGCUCAAAUAGCACGUGGAGAGAUCAUUUGUAUCUCAGGCUAUGACUAUGUUGGCAAUUCCCUUCUCUACAAUCAAGAACGAGAAAAGACCUUCGUGCAUCGUCUGAAGUCAGAGUCAUCUGAGACAUCUCUAUUCCGGAAGUUGAGAACUAUUAAAAGUGAGCAUGAUGGUCUCCGGCUUUCAACAGAGCAGGAAGACCGGCGGUCUCUUGGCGUCCCGAAAUUCUUUGCUCACUAUGAUGUACAGAGUGCACUCUUCAAUGUUAGUGAUGCUGUGGCAAAUCAAGUCAGCCUUUGUCAUAGGAAGAACACUACUACUGGUGCCUCGGCUGCUUCACAGUAUCAAGUCCCAUGUAGUGGUCCAAUAUGUGGAAAUACGAGUGGAACUGCACCAAUGUUCGAAUCUCCACUGGGCAGCAAUGAAGAGUUGAACCCUAAACAGAAUCUUGACGCGGAUGAGGGUGAUGGAAAGAGCAAUGGGCUAGUGCUAAGUUGCCCACAUUUCCGGAAUGAGAUUGGUGGUGAGGGUGAAAGGAAGAUUUCUUUGUCCAGGGCCAACAGUGCCAACUAUAGUGGAGGAGAAAGCUGCUCCUUUGAGUCCUCAUUAAGCUCUCACUGCACAAAUGCUGGUGUUUCUGUGCUGGAGGUACCCCGGGAAAACCAACCAGUCCAUCGUGAAAAAGUGAAGCGAUACAUCAUUGAGCACAUUGACUUGGGGGCAUACUAUUACCAUAAAUAUUUCUAUGGAAAAGACCACCAGAACUACUUUGGCAUGGAUGAGAACCUGGGUCCUGUGGCCAUCAGUGUGCGACGAGAAAAGCUUGAAGAGGUGAAGGAGAAGGAGGGGUCAUCAUACAAUUACCGUAUUGUCUUCAGGACCAGUCAGCUGACUACUCUUCGAGGAGCAAUUCUGGAAGAUGCAGUGCCUUCCACAGCGAGGCAUGGCACAGCCCGUGGCCUCCCCCUGAAGGAGGUGCUGGAGUAUGUAUUUCCUGAGCUCAACAUUCAGUGCCUCCGACUGGCUCUCAACUCCCCAAAAGUCCCUGAACAGCUUCUCAAACUGGAUGAGCAGGGGCUAAGUUUCCAGCACAAGGUGGGUGUGUUGUACUGUAAGGCAGGUCAGAGCACAGAGGAAGAGAUGUACAAUAAUGAGAGUGCUGGACCUGCGCUGGACGAAUUCCUGGACCUGCUUGGAGAAAGAGUGCGACUAAAAGGCUUCAAUAAGUACAAGGCACAGCUAGAUAAUAAGACGGACUCUACGGGAACCCACUCGCUCUACACUACCUACAAGGACUAUGAACUAAUGUUUCAUGUGUCCACUCUCCUACCCUACACACCCAACAACAGACAACAGCUGCUCAGAAAGAGACACAUCGGAAAUGACAUUGUCACCAUUGUGUUUCAAGAACCAGGAGCCCUGCCUUUCACACCUAAAAACAUUCGCUCCCACUUCCAGCAUGUAUUUGUUAUUGUUAAAGUCCACAAUCCAUGCACUGAAAACGUCUGCUACAGUGUUGCUGUAACAAGAUCAAAAGAUGUCCCUCUGUUUGGUCCUCCAAUUCCUAAAGGUGUGACCUUCCCAAAGUCAUCUGUCUUCAGGGAUUUCCUGCUUGCCAAGGUAAUCAAUGGUGAGAAUGCAGCACACAAGUCAGAGAAGUUCUAUGCUAUGGCUACUCGAACACGUCAAGAGUACCUUAAAGACCUAGCUGAGAAUUUUGUGAGCACAGCUACUGUGGACUCGGCUCUGAAGUUCAGCUUCAUCACACUGGGUGCCAAGAAAAAAGAGCGGGUCAUACCACGUAGGGAUGCCCACCUCCACAGCAUAGGAGCCAUCAUGUGGAGUGUGGUGGCACGGGAUUUCAGCCAGUCAGUGGAUGUUCAGUGCCUGCUUGGAAUCUCCAAUGAGUUCAUUGUGCUGAUCAAGAAGGAUUCGAAGAAUGUGAUCUUCAACUGCUCCUGUCGUGAUGUGAUAGGCUGGACCUCCACCAUCAUGAGCAUUAAGGUAUUCUAUGAACGUGGCGAAUGUAUAAUGUUCUCAGCCCAGGAAGGCUUUGGAGAAGACAUCAGGCAAAUCGUCCAACGGCUUGAGAUAACCACCCAUGGCUGUGAAACUACACAAAUGGCACUUCGCCGGAAUGGCUUGGGACAGCUGGGUUUCCAUGUCAACUUUGAAGGCAUUGUGGCUGAUGUUGAGGCAUUUGGAUUUGCAUGGAAAGCAGGCCUGCGCCAGGGCAGCCGCCUGGUGGAGAUUUGUGAGGUGGCUGUAGCCACACUUAGUCAUGAGCAGAUGAUCGACUUGCUACGCACUUCCAUCACAGUCAAGGUGGUGAUUAUUCAGCCUCACGAAGAUGGUACUCCCAGAAGAGGUUGUUCGGAGCUGUACCGCAUUCCCAUGGUGGAAUACAAGCUGGAUAGUGAAGGCACACCCUGUGAGUAUAAGACCCCAUUCAGGAGGAACACCACCUGGCACCGGGUGCCCACUACUCCAGGGGGCCAGCCCCUGUCUCAAGGCUCACCCACUCAGGGUCCUGAACAAGUGCAAUGCCAACCCAUCUCUCAGCACAUUGAGAUAUCCAUCCCACGCAGCACAUCCUUCGACAGGAAACUGCCAGACAUCUCCAGGAUGGUACAUGACCUGGAAAACCCACAGAUAUCGUGUAGUAAGGCACAGGCCAGUCAACACUACCGUAGCUCACCAAGUAACCUGUCCUCAUCCAGUGACCCAGGGCCAGGUGGCAGCACAACUUGGAUCCAACAGCCAGGAUAUGAUGGGUGUCAUUCACCUAUACAGCAUGAGCGAUCGUCUGAUCCUCCUGCCCAUGUCAUGGGAGGUGGUGAAAGCUUGAGAGAGAAACAACCAAUGUUGGAGAGGGCAUGCUCUGCAGAGGCCAAGUGGCACACUCCCUCUACAAAGAUCCUCAACUCUCUGAAUGAGAGAGGCAAAGAGUCGCCGAACAAACUGGCCAGGGGUGGAGAUAAGACACCCAGCCACUCAAGCAGCAACACGCUGUCGAGCAGUACCUCUAGCAAUAGUGAUGAGAAGCACUUUGGUUCAGGGGAACUGAUGGACCCAGAGUUUUUGGGUCUCACCUACAUCAAAGGAGCUUCCACAGACAGUGGCAUAGAUACAACACCCUGCUGUGCACCAGUUCCACCCACAGGGGAUCCCCUUGCUGCCAUGGCACACCUGGUGCUACAACGCCAGGCAGCAGUGGACCGGGGACAUAUUUGGACCCAGGAGCAUCCAGAGAACAGAGACAAGAAACCUGUACAGCUGCACCUGCCUCAGAGUUAUACCAUGACAAGACACACAGGCAUGGACAGCAGCAUGACAGACCUGACAGAGAUCUCAUCACACUCAAGACAGCUGUACCUGGUGGAGGCAGCCUGCCAUAUCCAGGAAGGAGAAAGAGAGGGGGGGCGUAGGGACCAGACAGACAUGACAAGGGAGUACCCGAAGGUUAUGCUUCCAGACAGCCUGCCUGGAGAGGAGGUCUGCAGGAAGGCUUUGGUCUCUGAAAGUCCACUUCCCUGCCGUGUACUGUACCGCACUCUGUCAGAAGAGAGUAUGUGCAGUAAUCGCAAAGGCUUAUCCUAUGCCAGCUCCUGCAGCUCAGUGCUUGACCAGGUUCUACCAAAUGAUAUACUGUUCAGCAGCACUCCACCUUACCGCAGCACUCUCCCCCCUCGCAUUGGCCGCAGCCAGCCUUUAUCCAACCUCCGGAAUGAGGUCUGGUUUUCUGAUGGUUCGUUGGCAGACAGGUCAAAGUUUAGUGAUCCAGGACUCCUCCCCCUACCGGACACUGCCACAGGUCUGGAGUGGUCUCAUCUUGUUGAUGUUGCUCAAGCCUUUGAAGAUCAGAAUAUGGCCUCUGUCUACAUCAUGACUGACAUGCAGGGAGCUAAACCUGUUCACAUCUCUCAAGAGCCCAUCAGACAGGCUGCUGCAGUAGAAGGAGCUAUACUACAGCCUGGAAAUGGCUCGUCUGCCACUCUGACUGGUAAAGUCAACCAACUAGAAGUCGUCCUGAAGCAGCUCCAGCAUGACUUAAAAAAGGGAUUCCCUCGUUGCGUCAUUGUUUGGAAGGAGUUUCCGGCGAUGUUGAUUGGUCGGCGGUCUGGUUGGCCUUAUGUAGCAUCUCGAAAGACCAAUGAGGAAGAUAAACAGAGUGAGGCGCAAACCUGGCGGGGUCUCAUAGGCAGGUUGCAGAACUUUGAUGAGUGGUUCACAGCGGUGCAAAGGCGAGAGUUGGAGGCUUUGCAGGAACCAGUCUGGAUGCGGAGUCUCGGAGCAAGCAUGAAGAACUAAGCUCUUGGUUGAUGAGACUUCCUUCAGAUGUGGAUGGAGACUCUCUUGAGCUGUUAGUGGAAGAGAACUCCUUGAAGAUGUUGGUAGAGACUCCCUGAAGAUGAUGAUGGACUCUUACAAAGAUGAGUUGGAUGAGACUUCUGCAAAGAUGUGCUCCAAUCAGCAGGAUCUUGGGGCAGAGCGUAAACUGUACUCUCCUCCUCUGAUACUAAUUAACAUUCUGGUCUCUGAGUUAUGUGCUUUGCAAACUUUGCACAAGAUUAAGUUAGAACUUUGUUAAGGAAUUUGGUAACAUGCAUGUAAUACAUUGUACUGAAAUUCACGUUAUACCAACCCUUAGGAAAUUCAAUAGUGAUCACACAUAUACCAAACACGACAUACCUGCUAUUAUUGAUACACCCAUGAAUACUAUGAUACCUGUUAAAUUAUCAAAAGCAUCAUAAUGGCCUGGUGGCUAUAAGCAUGAUACAUAUACGGAAUGACAUUAAAAGAGGAAACAAGUUAUCACACUAUCAUCUUAAAAGUCAUUGUCCUUAUAGGAGAUGUAAAGUAGCCUUAUGUAGUCUGUUAAAGCUGGGUUCUGUGGAAUGUGUGAAGGGUGGUGAACUUUGUGUUCCUGGGGAGAACAAAGGUCUCAUUCCAUGAGGGACCUUGGGUGAGUUCCCCCCCACUCCUCUUGGCUGAUAGGGUUCGUCCUCUGGUCAGGGAUGUCCUAUCAGUUGCCGAUUGUUCACAGAACAGUUGAAAUCCAACAAUCAGUAAACAAGCGGUAAUUAACUUGGGUCUGCAAAGUCUGGGAGCAGGAUUCCUAGCUUUAUGGCUUCUUUGCUUUCCUUGCCUGUUCGCUUCAGAUCCUACAGCAGUUUAAAACAUUUAUUGGCAGGCAGACAAAUCCAAAAAUGACAGGCAGAGACAGUAUACAAAAACAGGCAGGGGUCAGGCGAUGUACGAGCUGAGCAAAUUAGGCAAAACAAACAUGAGAAUCAUGAUACAGGCAAGAAGGCAAAAAAAUGGAACAAGAAACACUGCACAAACGGCUUGGAAAUGAUCAGGCAGUAAACACCGAAACAAUACUGCGUGAAGAAUAAAGACAUGCUAGGGGGAGGGGUAAACAGAAACAGGUGUGAAUGAUCAAAGACACAUAGGGGAGACAACCAGUGACAAGACAUGGGUGAAGACAGGAGAUAUACCAAAACGAAACACACAAACAAUGUCCUGUCAACCUGGAAGCCCGGUCGUGCUACGGGCAGCUUAAGCUGGGGAAAUACCUGAGAACAACUGAUAUAAAAUGGCUUAAAAAUAAGAGCUACUGAAAACAAAAGCUCCUGACUCAGUAAGCCAUAUUAAAACUGUAGUUACAGUAUUUCAAAACAACUGCUUGAGAGCAUGUAUAAGCAUUUGACAAAAGUAACCCUCCUUAGUUAACAAAGAGAAUUACUCUGCAUCUCUUUCACUAUGUGCACCCUGCAAUCAGUUUUUUAAGCUCACCAUUAGACACUUUCUGUGCUGCUGAUGUAAAAUCAAGUUUCACCUGCUUAACAGGGGUUGCCACAGUUUCAUCUGUCGCUAUACACAGAUCACUCAAAAGUGUUUGUCUAUGUUGCCAUGUCAGGUGCUUUACUAGGUUACUUGUGCUGCAGAGAGAGGCCAAUAGUGUUUUUCCCAGUACAUAACUUACAUUUUGUCAUGAUGUUCUUGUUUACAUGUGUCAGACAAAUGAGUAAUGGGAAUAUUUCCAUACAGCAAAACAGCUGCUCAUUUCUGCUGACACCCUUAAACUUGAGCGACUUCAGAGCCAACUGGCAGGAACUCGCACGCACGCAUGCUGGCCUACAGCUAAUGAAUUUAAAGGGGCCGAUUUAAAUUAGAAAACAGAUUUUUUCUUUAGAUGAUAAAUUUAGAUUUUAAAUUCAAUAUUGUGUUAUAUCAAGUCUAUACAGUAUGUAAUGCAAGUACAUCAUAAGUAACUGUAAUUAAAUUAUUUAAAAAUGAAGAGUAAUCCCUUACUUUUUGCAACCUCAACCCCACUGAACACCUUUGAGAUUAACUGGAAUGCUGACUUCACCCCAGGCCUCUUUGCCCAGCAUCAGUGCCUGACCUCACUAAUGCUGUUGUGGCAGAUGGGUAUGCCGCUUAUUGAGACCUUUUAGCCUACUUCACAUUGCUGGACAGGUUCUACUGAAGUGAUGUUUAGAUUCAACAGGGGUGGCAGUAAUCAAGCCUGGGUGUAUCUAGUCUAAUUGAACACAAUUAUCAAUUAAAUUUGGUUAACAGUGUGAUUUACUAAGGGGACAAUUACUUUUUCACAUAGUGCCAGUAGAUGUCGGUUAACAGUUUUCCUCCAAUAAAUUAAAUGAUUAAGUAAUUAUUUUUAAAAAACUGAAUUUGGGGUUUACUCAGGUCAUCUUUGUCUUAUACUAAAUUUCUUUUGAAGAACUGAAACAAUUUAAAUAAUUAAGUGUGACAAAUAUGCAAAAAAAAAAAAAAAACAGGAAGAGGGUAUAUACUUUUUCAUUGCCCUGUUUAUUCCUCAAUAUAUGCAGUGAAAUUCUGGCUUUUUUUUCUGCUGUUGACAUUUUCCUCACUUUAUGACUUUGUGCAGGUCAACAACCACAUGUCUGUUUUUGUGUUGAGAGUUCUUUUGUUUUUUUUCCCAUGGUACUCGACAGUAGACACAUUGGAGCAGUUUUUUAUUCAUAGUUUUUUAUUCAGACAAGUAGGCCUGUGAUCACCAUUAUUUUUUUUCUUUUCUCAUUCAUCAACCAGAGAAAGAAAAAACCUACUCACUAUUGAUUUUCAUUUGGUAUGAUAUUUAAGUGAAAUGCUCUCUACGCCUGUUGGCUUUUACUAGUUUGAUUAAUUAACUUGCACAGAUGACAUAUAACCUUUUCAGAAUGAGGAACAUACAGGCAGGAACAAGCAGCUUAAGUGCAGCGUCUUAGUGAAGCCUUCCUAUAACUCAACUGUUAGCGCAACAUGCUGUCCUUUUGAAGUUAAACAUAUUGAGAAGACACUAAUCAUACUCAAAUAAGAAACAUAUUUUAUGUCCAAUGAGAAGAGAGAACCGGUCAUAACCAUACUUUUGUUAAAGACUUGCUGACUAUAUUGGGGGUAUAAACACAUAUGAGUUGUCCUCUACAUGGGAAUACUUAACUAGCUAUACAGCUCGCCAUACUUAGUACAUUAUGUUAGCUAACAUUGUUUAGGUUAAUUUGGUUUCUGGGCAACCAAAGCAUGGGAAGUAAAUUAGAGCUUGCCCAGUGCUUUUACAAAUGUGUUGAAAAACAUCCAUUUAUGUAUAAGAGUUUUCUUCUAAUUAAGCAUGACUUUUUCCCCCCACUUCUUACUGUUACUAUUCAAUGGAAAUUAUUACAUAUUAGCAAAUUAUAUUUGGUAGUCUUGAAGUGUUGAAGGUUACAAACCUUCUUCAGACUAGGUUUUCAUGGAUAUAUCU